CUUGAGGAAAAUGGAAACAGAUGAGGCUCAAGAUAUGUCCCAGGUUUCAGGAAAGGAAAGUCCUCCAAUUAGUGAUGUCCCAGAUGAUGGAGAUGAACCUAUGCCUGUACCAGAGGACCUUUCAACUAGUACCGGAGGACAACAGAGUGCUAAGAAUGAGAGAGUCUUGGCCGGUAAUAUUAAAAUAGAGACUCAGAGUGAUGAAGAGAAUGGGCGUGCCUGUGAAAUGAAUGGGGAAGAAUGUGCGGAGGAUUUACGAAUGAUUGAUACCUCGGGAGAGAAAAUGAAUGGCUCGCACAAUGGCCCAGGCAGCAAGGCUAUGUCAGGAGUUGGAGGCAUUCGACUUCCUAACGGAAAGCUAAAAUGUGAUAUCUGUGGGAUAAUUUGCAUCGGUCCCAAUGUGCUCAUGGUUCACAAACGAAGCCACACUGGAGAACGCCCUUUCCAGUGCAAUCAGUGCGGAGCCUCCUUUACACAGAAGGGCAACCUUCUGCGCCACAUAAAGUUGCACUCGGGUGAAAAGCCCUUCAAGUGUCACCUGUGUAACUACGCCUGCCGUCGCAGGGAUGCCCUCACGGGACACCUGAGGACUCACUCGGUUGGCAAACCCCAUAAGUGUGGAUACUGUGGUCGCAGCUAUAAGCAGCGCAGCUCUUUGGAAGAACAUAAAGAACGCUGUCAUAACUACCUGCAAACCAUGAAUAUCUCAAGCAGCCUUUAUUCAGUCAUAAAAGAGGAAACUAACCAGAGUGAAAUGGCUGAAGACCUGUGCAAGAUAGGGUCAGAAAGAUCCCUCGUGCUGGAUAGACUAGCAAGUAACGUCGCCAAACGUAAGAGCUCUAUGCCUCAGAAAUUUGUUGGUGAGAAAUGUCUGCCCGAUCUUCCAUACGAUGCCACCACCAACUAUGAGAAGGAGAAUGAGAUAAUGCAGACGCACGUUAUAGACCAGGCCAUUAAUAACGCCAUCAGUUACCUGGGGGCAGAGUCCUUGCGUCCCCUUGUCCAGACACCACCAGGUGGUUCUGAGGUGGUGCCCGUCAUCAGCCCCAUGUAUCAGCUCCACAAACCUCUCGGGGACAAUCAGGCUCGCUCCAACCAUACAGCUCAGGACAGCGCAGUGGAAAACUUGUUGCUGCUUUCCAAAGCCAAAUCUGUCUCCUCCGAACGAGAUGCCUCCCCCAGCAACAGCUGCCAAGACUCAACAGAUACAGAGAGCAAUAACGAGGAACGCAGCGGUUUAAUUUACCUGACAAACCACAUAGGUCCCCCUGCGAGAAAUGGCAUCUCUAUAAAAGAAGAAAACAGGCAAUAUGAUGUCUUGAGGGCAGGUACUGACAAUUCCCAGGAUGCUUUCAAAGUGAUCAGCAGCAAUGGGGAGCAAGUGAAAGUUUACAAGUGCGAACAUUGUCGAGUCCUUUUCUUGGAUCACGUGAUGUAUACGAUCCAUAUGGGCUGCCACGGGUUCCGCGAUCCUUUUGAAUGCAACAUGUGUGGCUACCAUAGCCAGGACAGGUACGAAUUCUCUUCCCACAUAACUCGAGGGGAGCAUCGUUUCCACAUGAGUUAAAACUCCUCCGGCACAGAUCUAGCCUCAACAGCUGCGUUACUGGAGCUGCACGAGCCAUGACAACAACAAAGCACAAGUGAGCUGGACAGUAAAAGUAACAAGAGAAUCAAAAAGUUCAGCUAUCUUCUCCCACAAGAAAAUAUUUUUCCUUUUGGUAGCGUGCAUUGCAACCCAGUUUUCUAAAAUGAGUACUAAAGUUUUUACUGAAAAUGUUUGAUCACCAAAAACCUUUAGUAAUAUAAGUAGGAGCUUUUGUAGUCACAUAGCUGAAAGUCCUUCCCUUAACUGAUGCUUCUUGCAAACCUCCCUUGCCAAAACUGUUAACCAUGCGCAGGAUGCACCAUGCAGACGAGGACGCAACAGGCAGGAGUGGCCAAGCUUUCUCCCUUAACACCCUGAGCGUAGGGCUCUCACACCAGCUGUAUGUUUUUUGACUUCCUGGUAUUAUUUGACUCUUUUGGGAAGAUUAAACUCAACUAAAGAUGGAGGGGUUCAUCUCAGAUGGCUUCACAGACAGCUGCGGGGGGGGAUGGGACCCCCCCAGCCAGAGGGUUCUGAGU